CGCUCUCAUUCACUCGUAGCAACGCGCGCUGUACGGAGGCAACGGAAGCCACAGCAGCACACAUAGGUAGUAGUAGUAGCUCCACCAACUACCGAUCGCAUACUCAACUCGACUCAGACUGCAGAGACAGCCGACAUGAACAAAUACGCUCUGAUCGCCGUGUGCCUGCUGGCCGCCUUGGGCGCCCUGCUGCUGGAGGCGCGCGCCAGUCCCAGUCCACAGAAGCUGACCUCAAGCCAGCUGGAGAGCGUCUCGGCGCAGUUUCUGCCGCCCGAGUUCCGCAACACGAAUGUCAGCAUGGAUGAUAUUAAGCGCGUCUAUCGCGAGAAGUGCAAGAAGGCGACUGGCAAGGACAAUGCGACGCUGUACAAGGAUAUCGAGGAUGCGGCCGGCAAGCUGGGCGCCUGCCUGAGCGGGCUGGCCAAUCUGACGGCCCUGCAGGCCGAGAUGGAGGCAGCCCGUCCGAUCGGCGAGCUGGACACCGUCUUUCACAAGUACUGCCAGCGGGCGCCCGAGGCCGAGGGCUGUGUGCGCGAGUUCAACGAGAAGGUGAAGCCCUGCCUGAACACCGAGGAGCUGCGUCAGCAGGCCACCAUGAUGCGUCUGGGCUCUUCACUGCUGAACUUCGCCUGCUCUCGCGGCGGCGAUCAGAUUGCCCUGUUUGUGGCCGAGCAGGGGCCAGAGUGCCUGGAGGCGAACAGGGAGAGCAUCAGCAACUGCCUGAACAGAUCAUUCCAUCAGUAUAUACCCAAGGACGGCCAGGUGCCCGAUCUGAUGAGCCGGCCCGAGCUGCUCUUCUCGCCCACACACUGCGUCGACCUGCAGAGCUUCGAGGCCUGUGUGCUGCAUCAUCUGGAGCAGUGUGCCGAGAUCACGCCCGCCAACAUUGUCCAGUCGAUCUUUCGCUUCGUGAAGAACGAGACCGACUGCAAGGCCUGGAUGGACGCCCGUGCCAACGAGCGCCCCAUUCUGCUGGCCAGCAGCAAUCACACUGGGGACGGGGCCGGCACCCUCUCCGCCACCCUCAGCGGCACCCUGGCCCUCACGCUGGGCGCCCUCCUGCUGCGCAACUAGGCUAUCACAACUAGAAUUCAUCGUGGCUUUGAUAAAGUGUUUAAAGUAUUCCUUAUUUCCAUUGAUAAUCAUAUAAAUAUAUAUCAUUAAUUUUUUUUUUCUUAUCUGGAGUAAUGAGAGUAGUGAUAACGUUUCCAGCGAGCAUAUUUAUUUAUACAUUUUUUUUGUUUUUGUUUUUUUUUUUUAUUAUUUUGUUUUGUUUGAAUGCUUAUGUGCGGUACUUUGUAAUUUAAUGACAACUUUAUUUAUUGCCUAUAAUAAACAAACAAUUACGAUAUGUGAA